AUGGCAAGUAGCGACGAGGACGAUUACACCUCAGACAGGUUUCUAGCCGAAACUGCUGCUGCUGCCACGAGUGCAUCUCUCACAUACGCCCAACGACGGAAGCAGGCACAAAAGCAGUCGGAAAUCAAGAAUGCGCAGAACAGAAUUAAAAGUCGACGCGAGCGUGAAGCAGAGGCGCGAGAGCAGGGGCUACAGCAAAGUCUGUUCGAACGCGCAGAGGCUGAGAAACGCGAGCUUGGUGUGAAGAACAAGGCUAUGGAUAUGAUGCUGCGAAUGGGUUUUAAACCAGGUGGAGCUCUUGGGCGCAGUAGUAUUACUACUGGACAAGAAACUACCGAGCCGGGACCAUCUACCACACCUACACCGCCGGCACCGGUGCACCAGGCUUCUGUGUCAUCCAAGGCUGCUACACCCGAGCCAGCUGUCCAAUCGGAAGAUGGGAAGUUACCAGAUUCGCAGCAUCGUACUGUUCCGUUGUCAGUGGAUAUCUGGGCUGGUAAGAAAGGUGUAGGACUUGGUAAACGUGCAUCUUCACCAAGGACUUUAGAGCGUGCCUCAAAGAGCGCACGGAUUGAUGAAGACACGGCGCGCGAAACGUACCGUAUCCAAGCUAGGUCCGCGUUCGAGGAACGUCGAGCGAUUGGCCAGCUCAGCGCUGCAUCACGGACGUUAAUUGCACUCGAUGAGAAAGCCGGUGUACAGUUCAACGUCCUGUCGCUGAAUCCACAAGAGCCUGAGACAUUCCCGACCGAACUUUUGGAAGCGUUGUCGUUGUCAUCGUCCAGCGCGUCCGCGUCAUCUGACAUCGUCGCGCAGGAGGAAAAUUCGAAUUCCGUUGUUUCUGUUUCUGUUGACUCUGUUGUCAGCUCGGGCGUGCAGGAGAGUGAUAGCGAGAGAUUACGGAAACAGAUUCAAAGAGACGCUUUGCAGCCGUUGGAGACAACAUUACUAGGACCUUACGGCGACGGUGAUGACGAUGACGGCAACAGAGACAACAGAGAUACGGAGAGACCGAAACCGAAGAAAGCCACCCCGCUCCCGCUCUCGUUAUCAGAAGAGACCAUCGACCAGGCGCGGGAGUUCUUGCAACAAGAUGUACGAGAAAGGUUAAAACGAGUCCUUGGAUAUUUGCGCGAGAAAUAUCACUAUUGCCUGUGGUGUGGCACGCAAUACAACGACAAAGAGGAUCUCGAUGGCAACUGUCCAGGUGAGGACGAAGAGGCGCACGACUAGAUGACCAGACGACCACAAGCUAGCUAGACAACACAUGCGUAGCUAUCCCUACACUACCGCUUCCAAGACACAAGACAUUUUAUGCAUGCAAUUGCUGUGCUCGGUGCAUGUAUAUGUCGUAUCAUCGUAUCAUCGUAUCGUCGUGUUUUAUUUUGCUUUGAAUAGCAUACACAAGAGGGGUGGUGGGGUUGGGGAGUUAUUUGGGCCUGUGAUAGAGAAGCCUGACGACAUUUUAUUGCACCAGCGCUUCCGAGCAUGUUACGAACAGCGAUCCCUUUGAUCCCUACCUAUUCUUUGAAUUCUCGUGGAUUCCUUUGGAUUCCUGCGGCUUAUUACGGUUUCGCAUGCCCGUCUCUCGUUGGUAUCGUACAAACUGCGGCAAAAUGUGGAAUAUGUUAUUGCACUGAUGGGGUCUUCUAUGGGUACAAGCUUGCAAGGGCGACCACGAUGGUCUCAAAUGGGUCAUAGUAGAGAAGAACAACACGGAAACGAGUUGAGUUACUACAACGAGUGGAUAGGUGGGAAACGGAACCAAAUCAAGCCAAUUGGAUGCGAAUCUUUCCAAAGUAAAUAGAUAAUCAAAAAUAUAAAGAGAAACGAACGGAAAGAAAAUUGAGCUGACAACGGACAAACAAACAAACGGAUGGAGACCAGAACCGAAAGAAGAAGAGUAAAAAGGAAAAGAUCGGUGUGAUUGCAUCAAGCAGGAAGCUCUCAAGAAAAUAAGAGAAGAGCACAAAUUGUGGUGCAAGUUAAGAAAAUAAGAGAAACUGGAAGAAAUAGUAAAUACGAGAAGAACACAAGAGCAAAGUAAAUACAAGAAUUGAAGAAAUAGCAAAAAGUAAAUAAGGAAAAUAAUACUGAGAAGAAAGCUAAGCGACUGGAGCUAUUUGUCGAUGAAACGACGAGAUCCUAAGUCCAGCCUGAUGGUGCUUCACAAACGGCUGACUCUCCUGAUCCAGAUCCAUUGGACUAACGCGAGGAGAUCGCGAACGGCUCCGUCGUUCCCUCCUACGAACAACGCUAGAAUGAUUCUCCUUCCCACUUGGAAACGAGAACGUCGCAAAAGACUCGGCAAGCAUAGGUGGUAGAGUCGGGAGCAUGACAGGUGAAGGCAGCUCUGCAGACGCGCCGCGUGCGCGCGCUGAUGCAAAUGACGGUGACGUCGGUGAUGCCUGCGGUGAGCGACGGCGCGCGAAGGAUGAUAUUGGUGUGCACGACGCAGCAGGAGAGACCUUCAGUCGCUCGAGGGACCCGCCCCGCGAGCGACGCGCCGGCAAUGGCGGGACAGGCGGGAUGGAGUCUGCAGUGCUAUUUGAGCUGCUUCCAGAAGAACGGCGGGAGGCAGAAGACUGCGGAGUCUUGUGUGUAUGCUGCUGCUGUUCUGGGUCGCGUUGGUGAUCUCCAAGUGCUGACAUGCUCCCCCGACGCGUGGUUGAUGCAUAUGGAGAGAAUCGCGCUGCUUUGAUAUUUCCUGAGCUAGCUCGCCGUUUGAACUUGUCCGUCUCGUUCGGCGCGUCAUAUUGCGAGACUAUAAUUGUAGGCGACUCUGCCCGACGCUUCUUUGAGAGUAUGCGCGACGCCGGUGGCGGCGGGGAAGCAGAGGACUGACGCGAAAGAGAUUCAGAAGACGCGCUGGAGGGUGGACGCGAAACGGGAAGUUGGACAGGGAGCUUCGAAUCGGCUGCAAGACCGAGAGAUUCCAUAAGCUCGACAAAGGACGGAAGAGGCGACAUGUUUAUCAGACACUCGGAAGUAUGGAGCUCGAAUACAGAACAGAACAGAACACUGAACAGGGCUGGGACGGCGCGAAGAGAGCUGGAGACGAGCUGAGAAGAGAGCUGAGAGGGGUGGCUAGGCGGCUUAUAUGCGUGAUAUGCAGCAGGAGAGUAUACGAGCCGGUUGCCAGAGCAUUUGCGGGAUUUCCGUUAUUGUACAGGGGAGAAAAUAACCGUGCUGGGUGGAGGUGGCAACGGCGAGCGGUGCUGUCGCCCGGACUCCGGCCGUAGUCAUCGUAGUCAUCGUAGACACAGAUCAAUUGGCCCUCUCGUCGUCGGCAUGGCACUAUCCACUCUCUCCAGCUCCCCCUGCCUAACAUGGCCUCGUCCCUGGCAGCAACGCUACCGUGCUCUUGAUCCAUUCAGUCCAUGCUAUUUCUGCUUCUCUCGUCACCAGUCGUCGU